AAUCUUAAGUAUCUCCGGAGUCUUUUCAUUUACGUUUUGGCGUUAUGUAUUGGGAGAGAGAGAGAGAGAAAGAGAGAGCUAAGCGCUUCGGCGUACGUGGCGGAUAAUCGUCGUACUAACUGCGCGCCGUACACAAACUCGUUGUUUAUCAAUUGUCAGAAGGAAAAAACCAGGAGAUUUCGUGAGAUUCUAACCUGUUCUAACCUCAAUCGCGCCCGAAUCACCUCUCCGUAUGUCUAUGACGUUCGAAGGAGGAACGCUCACGUUCCGUUUUUACAUGCUGCUUAAACGGUCUUGCAACUCACAUAUCGCGUAUACCUAACGAAUGGACUUGAUGAAUGAUCAGAGUAAACAAAUUGGAUGAAUGUCGAGAGAGAGAGAGAGAGAGAGAGAGCUUUCAUUCUCACCUUAGAGUCAUCUUACAUUGUCAUCUCCUAUCUAUGAUGUAUUUAAUUUGAAAUAAUUGUUUUUCAUAAAAACGUAAUGCAGAGUUCUCAAUGAAAAGUGGCGAGGCAAAGUGAAGUGCGAGUUGUACUGCGACUGGCUGCCCACACAUCUUUAGUAGCUGAUACGUUGUAGCCUGCCUAGAAGUAGUAUUUCUAUACACUGUUGCCUAUCUCCUGACUCUAUAAAUGUUUAAGCCUGAUCUAGAGGUCACGGGUAUCUCCCGUAGUGGCCGUGUGAGGAAGAAAUCUUCUAAGCUGGUCGACUUCGAGUCCGACGAUCUGACCGAGAAUAAGCUCAAGCGGCAGAAGGCGCAGCAACUGCAAACCCAACAGCAACUCUUGGAUCAGUAUGAGGUACAACAACAACAACAACAACAGCAGCAGCAGCAGCAACAACAGCAGCAGCAGCCGUUGCCCACGCAAUCUAGCCAGGCAGUUAAUGUCGGGCAACAGAGAAAGAAUUCAGGCUCGAAUCAUGCGCAACAGAAGAUCAAGCUGGAGAUCUCGUCUGAAAACGAGGGACAGUCGUCCAGUUCAGAAUCUGAUGAUCCCACUGGGAUGAACGAGGAGGAGAGAUACAGUUUGGACUCGGGUAGCGACAAUGAGGUGGAUCCGCUUAUGAUCGACGAGAGAGAAAUGGGAUUCAGGAAGCUGGAGCCGCCACUAGGUCAGGAAACAUCCCAAGCAAAUAGUUUAUAUAUGCUUGAAAAAUGUAAGAAAAAGUUGAUUAUUAAGGAUGGGAAAAUUAUAGGCAAGACGAAGGCACAGCGCAAGGAUAAAGGGAAAACGAGAUUUACCGCUUAUAUGCUAUGGGCAAAGAAAAUUAGGCAAGAACUGUUAGAGCAAUCUCCUUACAUGGAUUUUGCGGCAAUUUCUAAGCGAUUAGGAGAGCUGUGGGCUACAGUACCACAUCUGGAAAAGUAUAAUUGGCGCAGGCGUGCAAAGCGCUUAGCCGCAAAGCCUCAUCCUUUACCGGCAAGUAAAGAUGAGCCCGUUUGGAAAAUGCCACCACCCGCCUCGCGAAAAAAAUUCAUUAAUAAACUUGGCAAUGCGAAAGAAACGAAGACCGCUUCUGCAAAAAAGACUAUUCAACUCGGCGUGCCGUCUGUCGUUGGGAAUGUUCCAAUCUCACCGCCGUCGAAUCGCACCAGUAAAGAUCUGGUUAAUGAGCCGAUAAUCGGCACGGGGAUGUACAAGGUCGUUGGAACACAGCCGAUCGACGUUGCAGCCCAUCUCAAACUGCUCGGUGAAAGCCUGACAAUCAUUGGGGAACGUUUGAAGGAGCACGACGGUCAAAUAGCUGUUUCCGGCAGCCUUUCGGUUCUACUGGAUUCGUUACUCUGUGCCUUAGGCCCGUUAAUUUGUUUAACGCAGCAAUUGCCGGAAACUAACGGAGCUAAACCUGAAACACUUUCCCAAAUGCUCGACAACAUUGCUUACCUUAUGCCUGGUCUAUAAUGUACAAAAUAUGUAAAGUAUGUAGGAUUUAUGUGUAAAUACUCGUAUAAGAAAUUAGAUAUAAAAGAAAAGAGAGAUUCUACGAGCGAUGACAAAAAUGACAGUUUAUUUGCUAAAAAUUUAAAUCUGACAGAUUCUCGUUAUAUUUCGUCUACAACAGAUAAAAAAAAAGCAUUAUGUUUUAUAUAAAUAAUAUAUUUGUAUAAAAGUAAUAAUAAAUAUUUAAAUAGUCCUACAUUAGAUAAGUAAUAACUGUACAUGGUAUAUAAAUAUAACAUCACACAAUUAUUGCUCUGUAGGCAAAAUGGGCGGGCAUGUACAAAAUAGAUUCUUAUCACCAUA